AUGUCUCUGGACACGGCGGAACCGGCCUCGGACACGGGGGAGGACACUCAGUCGGCAGUUACCUUGGAGUCUGACUUCGAGCCGAAAACGAGGAGAAGUGUCCACAGACCCCCACCCACAUCGCCAAAGUCGCCCUAUUCCUCCAAGCCGAGGAGAGUGACGUCCUGGAAGGCUCUCAAGAUGGCCGGCAGUGCCCCUCUGAGCAGCAGGAUGCCCUUGUCCCCGCAGAAACUCUGGCUAGGGACAGCCAAGCAAGGCCACACCCCGGGGACUCCUGUGUACCGCGAGAAGGAAGACAUGUAUGACGAGAUCAUCGAGUUGAAGAAGUCACUGCACGCGCAGAAAAGCGAUGUGGAUCUGAUGAGAACACGGCUGCGGCGCCUGGAGGAGGAGAACAGCAGGAAGGACCGGCAGAUAGCGCAGCUCCUGGACCCCGGCCGCGGCCCCGACUUGGUUCGCACUCUGGCGGAGAAACGGCCUGACACUGGUUGGGUCAUCAGUGGGCUGAGGCAGAGGGUCUUCAAGCUGGAGCAACAGUGCAAGGAGAAGGACAGCACCAUCAACAAACUCCAGACAGACAUGAAGACCACCAGCUUGGAAGAGAUGCGGAUCGCCAUGGAGACUUACUAUGAGGAGAUCCAUCGACUGCAGACACUCUUGGCGAGCUCUGACCCCACAGCGAAGAGGCCCGCAGGGGAGAGGAGGACCGGCAUCAAGCGGCAGAAGAAGGUGAGCAGCGCCCUGCUGAGCCUGUCGCGGAGUGUGCAGGAGCUGACGGAGGAGAACCAGAGCCUGAAGGAGGACCUGGACCGCAUGCUGAGUAGCUCUCCCACCAACUCCAGCAUCCAGGGGUACGUGGAGUGGAGCAAGCCCCGGCUGCUGAGGCGCAUUGCUGAGCUGGAGAAGAAGAUAAACUCAAUGGAGAGUUCCAAGACCCUGGCCGCAGAGCCGGACAAGCAGAAGCCCCUGGCUCCCUCAGCGUCCGUCUUGCCCCUGCACAGACAGCCUCCGACAGACUGCCCAGAGGACCUCGCACGCCUCCGAGGGGCCGUGAAGAGCCUGAAGGGAGAGCGGGGCAUGCUGCAAGCCCAGCUGCUGGAGAAAGACAUGGAGCUGAAGCAGCUGCUGCAGACCCAGGCUGAGCUGGAGAGGCAGCUGGAGCGCGCCAGGGAAGGCGAGAGGCAGAGCCGCACCCAGGAGGCAGCCCUGAGGGAGGAAAUUCAGACUCUAAGCAGCAAGUGUCAACAACUGGAGGAAGCCAGGAAAGAAGAGAAAGAGGACCCUGAGCAAGCGGCUCACCAGGCCCACGGAGAACAGCCAGCGGCCCCCGCCAGCAGCAGGCUCUCCCAGCUGGACCCCAAUCCGCACCCUGGCCAGGAGGACGAGGAGGGCAUCUCUCAGGCCCCCUCCCCCAGCCUGGAAGAGAGAAGAGAGGCCGCCGCCUGAGUCCUGCAGGCCCGGUGGAGAGUGUGCCAGCACAAGAAACAAAGGGCUGUCCUGGACGAGGCUGCGGUCGUGCUGCAGGCAGCCUUCAGGGGACACCUCGCCCGGACACAGCUGCUGUCCAGCCAAGCAUGUGACCCCCAGCCUCAGGAGCCGCCCGUGACCCCAGGCCCAAGCCCCGCAGCUCCCGCCGAGCGCAGCCCCGAGGAAGCCGUCCUUGUUGUGCAGUGUGUGCUCCGAGGACACCUGGCCCGGGCCAGGCUCAGUGCCAACAGUGACAGAGCAGCAGGCGCCAGCUCUGCCGGGAGGAGACCAGCCUCGGCGCCACGCGGAGGAGCCGCCCUGCCAGCCCCCCGGGCAGCCUCCCCCGGGGAGCAAAGUGGAGCCAGCGGCCACAAGGCCACGGCGGACCCGGAGGAGCCAGCCGCCCUGCAGGCCCCCUCUGCACAGCCCCCUGCUCCGGGCCUGCAGCCCGUGGAUGACAUCGACUCGGACGACUCGGACAACGUGGUCAUCGCUCCACUCCUGCCCGCGAAGAGAGGCCCCUCCCACCCUCGGUUCCUGUCCCCGCCCCCCCAUGGCGAUGGCUGCCAGGGUUAGGUUAGGGCCACCGGAGCGAGGCGCACUCCAGAGGGGGAGACCCCUGAGCUGUCGGGAACAGAACUGCACCUGCUUACCGCCUCGGCAUCCUUAAGGGUUUUUCUCACUUGCUUUGCCCUUCUGCUUAAGGAA